AUGCGCUACCCAGUUCUUGUCGCCUCCUUUUUCGCCUCGCUUUCGGUAGCUGCCGCCCUGUUUCCCUUGGGUUACUUCCGUGAAUCCGCCUCACUCUUGCGCCAUUCCAUCUCCUCCUUCCACGGCGACCAGCUCCCCAUGAAUCCAGGUCCCGUUCAGAGCCCGAUCUCCUCGACACCAGAUGGAGCCUCACCAAACAAAGAUGGUGGCGGGGUGGACGACAGCACCGUCUCCAUCUCAGACAUUCUCCCCCAGACUCGCAAAAUCAAUAUCUUUGCCUCCCUGACACGCGACGUUUCUACCGUCACCACUCGUCUCGAAUCAACCAAGCCCGAAGAUAAUACCACCGUACUUGCACCGUUGAACAGUGCGAUGCAGGCCCUCCCGCGGAAGCCCUGGGAAGACAGGCCAGGUGAUGAUUCAGGAGUGUCGGCGGCGAGGAGUGAGGACAAAGCGGCGCAAAAUCUGCAGCGAUUCGUGGAAGAGCACGUCGUGCCGACAAGCCCGUGGAAAAAAGGUCCGGAAGGCAAGAUCAAGACUUUAGGCGGCCAAGAGCUAUGGUGGGAGGAACAUGACGGCCACAGGAUUAUCCGGCCCGGCAAUCUUGUUGUGGAUGGCAUCGUUGGGCGUGUUGGGAAUGGAGAAGUCUGGGCCGUCAAGGGCGUGGUGAAUUAUGCAUAA